AUGACAUCACAAAUAAGUCUUGAUAGGGAUAACGGAGUUAUGUUUACUCGUGAGGGAACUAUUAUCCUCAAUGUGGGGGGAAUAAAGUAUGAGACCUAUCCCUCAACGUUGACUGCAUUCCCUGAUACUUUGCUUGGGACGAUGUUUCAAGAACGAAAUAGAGAAAUGCUACAUCCAAAGAAUGGUAAUGAAUUUUUUAUUGAUCGUAAUGGAUAUGCAUUUCGAUAUAUUCUUGAAUAUUACCGAAAUGGUAAGAUUUUAUGGAGCGACCGAGCAGAUAAAAAUCUCGUAGCAGUAACCCGUGAAGAACUUGAUCAAGAAAUAGAUUAUUUUCAAAUUCCAGUUAAAGAUAUUGCUGUUACUUCAGGGGAAUUGGCAGUAGCUUCCAAAGUUGAUGCAUUUGUAGCAGCCCUUAAAGAAGUGAUUCAUUUGGCCAUAGAUCAACUUCAAACUGAAAUUCAUAUGGCUAUAACUGAUUUCGGAACUAUUGAAGAAUUUGAUUGGUAUCCAGCACAAGGACAAAGUGAAAUAAUAGCAGAUAUUAUGAAACCAUUUAAUAUGGUUGGAUUUGUUAUAUUACAACACUUUGGGGAUGCCAUAGAAAGGCAUAUUAAAUCAGAAAUUCCAGAAUUCUCAUGGAGAUGUGAAUUUUAUAAUUGUAAACCAAGGAGAGGAUAUGGCGCAUUAAUGUCCCCGUAUCAAACCCAUAAUCAUAGUUUCUUGAAUAAUUCUUUCAAUAAUAACGGAUUUAAUGGUAUAAGUAGAAUGGUACAACCAAACAUGAUGACUUUUCAACAUAUAAUAAACGCGAAUAAUAAUACAUCCGCCGGUUCAUCAUGGCCCGUACUUGGCAGUGUAUUCAAUCAAAAUAACAACAAUAAUAAUCAGCAAUCCAACUUAAAUAAUGUUGCAGCGGAUGUAAAUGGUGUCACGAGAUUAUUUGGUAAUAACGUUAACGGAUUUAAUUCCAAUAGUGUAAGCCAAGCCGGUGGAGGUCAAGGAAUUAAUUUUGGUGCAAAUCAAUUAGGUGGAGUUCAAGCAAGCAAUUUUAGCUCAAAUCAAUUAGGUGGAGGUCAAGCAAAUAAUUUUGGUGCAUCUCAAACGCCAAUUGGAUUUGGUGCUAAUCAAGCGGAUGGAAAUGUACAACCAUUCGGAAGGAAUCCAAAUGGAAAUGGUCCAAAUUUCAACGGAAAUCAACCCGCGGUAGAUGGACAGCAAUUCGGGAAUACAACAAGUGUGAAUGGACAAGCACCCGGACCGCCACCUCCAUUCGGGGGAAAUCAAGCAACAGGUAACGGGCCGACCGUGAAUGGGCCUUCGCUUGGACACCCAUUCAUAGGUGGUGGAAAUCAAACAACAGGUAACGGAACUCCAUUUGGCUCCAAUCAAUUAACUGGAAAUGGCCCUUCGCUUACUUCACCGUUCGGUGAUGGUGGUAAUCAUUCAACAGGUAAUGGACCAUUCGUAGGUGGAUCGAAUAAUCAUUUCGGAAAUAUAUCACAAUUUGGAACAACAUUUAACGGAAAUCAGGCAAACAAUAGUGGGAACGGACAUUUUAGUGGUAAUCAACCUGGUUUUGGUUUUGGCACCACAUUUAUUAAUCAGACACAAGGAUAUGGUCCACAUACAAUAACUGGAUUUGCAGGAGGUUCAUCCAAUUUUUUUAAUGGAGUCCCUUUAGGAGUAACUUUUCGGACAAACAAUAAUUCUGUUACAUCUACUCAACCAUCAUCUAUGCAAGGUUUUUCUUACCCGACAACUCAAUCCAGUCUCUUUGGAAAUCAACAUACGGUAUCAUAUAAUAACGGCGGUCAAACUUAUGUACCACUUCAUGCAGGACAUCAUGCCUUUGCUCCAAUGGCAACUCACGAUAGUGAUGCACCCUCGAUGUUUCUUCGUCGAGCAGAAGGAAGGGCUCUAAAAUUGUUAAUCAGGUUAGAUUAUGAUUAUUCAGUGGCAAACAUAUUAUCAAAUACUUGUCUUGCUAAAUGA